AUGGAUUCCUCUAAAUCUCUUGAAGAAUGCAGCAGCUCUGAAUCCGGGUGGACGAGGUAUAUCGCCUCAUCCCCCGAACACAACGACGACGAUGAUGAUGAUGAAGCUGAUGAGGAUGAUAGAACCACUGGCCAUCAUCAAGAAGGCCACAAGAAAGAUGCAGAAGACGUCGAAAGCGAUGAUUCGAUGGCGUCGGAUGCCUCAUCUGGUCCAAGCAAUCAAUAUGGAAGCCGUGGAUUAGUUCAUGCAGGGAUGAAAGAUGAAAGAAAACAUGUUGGCAAGAAACAUAGUCAGCAAGAAGAGAAGAAAAAGCAACAUAAACAGAUAAAGGCAGACAAGGACAAGCAUGGGAACAGAGCAAACAGUGCUGGAAGAUCCAAGAAAGGAUGAGAGAAUCACUAUCUGCUGUUUUUAACCUUUUCAAGUGAAGAGGUAUGAAUGCAUCAUCAACCUUGGUAAAUAGAUUUUGUAGCUUUAUUGUUUUUUCUUUUUUUAAAUUGUUAUUCCCUGUGUGAUGCAAUCCUAAGUAUGAAACUGUGUCAGGUUUUCCUGAUGAAUGAAUGUCAAAAUCAUUUCACAUGUAUGUGAUUUUCUUAAACACUGUUCAUGUUCCCAUUCAUAUAGGCGCAUAAAUCCCUGUAGGCAUUUUCACAAACACUUGGUGCUCGUGUUUUUGGAUUUGAGAAAUCAAGCACGUCCACACGUAUGAUUCAGAGCUUGAUUAUUCAAAUCAAAAGCAGAUGCAACCAAAUUAGGAACAAAUUAAAAUAACUUGAAGAAAACUGGACAAAUUCGGGUGACAGGUAGGUAUGAAUAGGAUGCUUUUUGUGCAUACAUGCCCCUAGAAUGAUAAAUCGAAGCACAUCACCGCCAAUCAUAUCACACAGCUACACAUGAAUCAAUAAUCAGAGACACAUGUUGAUAACAUGCACGAAUCCAUCAACAAUUGCCAAAAGAUCACGUCAAGAUCAGGCGAAGUUAGUUUAGAAUGAAUCCGAUCAAAAUUCUUACAGGACUAGUGAAUUCCACACCCUUUCCGUUGUCGUGUAGCGCUUUGCAAUUUGCAGGAAUGAAUCAUCAAUCGGCUCCACAGAACAGCUCGAUGAUGGAGACUCAGCCUCCCCUUCUGAACAAGUUCAAGCGAAGGUCUUUGAAAAUGGCGAAGGAAUUGCUGUCCUGGAGAUCAAUCACCAUGCGCCGGAGCUCGCCGGCUUCUUCCUUAAGCCUAACGUUUUCC